UUUUGUAAAGAAAAAACAAAAAUUAACAGGAAAAACAAGUGUACUUCUGCUACAGAAACGAACAUUCGAUCAGGUGAGAACAAUGAUCAGACAGUUGCCUGAUGAUGUUCGAGCUGCCUUAAGAACUGGCGUGGCAUUGAGCAGCUUCUCCCAGGCGGUAGAGGAGCUGGUCCUGAACUCGAUUGAUGCUGGUGCCAGCAGUGUGGCUGUGCGUGUUGACCUGCAGCUCUACAAGAUUCAGGUCAUUGAUAAUGGUUGUGGGAUCACCCUGGACCAGUUUCCUCUGGUUGGAGAAAGGUAUGCCACUAGUAAAUGUGCAAAGUUAGAAGAUUUGAAAAAAUUGAAAUAUUUUGGCUAUAGAGGAGAAGCUCUUGCAAGUCUGAGGCAUGCCUCCACCUUCCUUGAGAUUGUGUCUAAAGCUGGACUCCGUAAUGUCACCUACUGCAAGUGUUUCCAAGAGGGAAUCUCACUAGGGGUCCAGGAGUCUGCCAUCAGCAGGCCUGCAGCAGGCACCACCGUCACUGCACACAAUCUCUUUUACAAGCUGCCAGUGAGGAGGAACAGGCUGAAGGAAGGACUUGAGCUUGAACAAAUCCGUCACCGUGUUGCAGGAGUUUCACUCAUGUGGCCUCAUGUCAGUUUCAGUGUUCGUGAUGAUAGUGUGGGUCAUGUCAUCUUGCAGACACACAAGUGUAGCAGCCCCUCCGUCUGCUUCUCCCAUCUGUUCUCUGCUGCCAGGAACUUGGUGGAUGUUGCCAUGGAGAAGGGGGACCUCAGCAUCUCUGCUAGCAUCAGUAAAGACAGCUAUAGCCGCAAAGAUUUACAGUUUAUUUUUAUUAACAAACGUCUGAUUCUCAAGUCCUGCCUGCAUCAGCAAGUGAACAAAAUUCUUAGUUCUUCUCUGAUUGUCAGAAGCAAGGGUAGAGCAGCAGGUGAGGGAGCGACCAGCCCAGCCAAGACAUCAGAGAGGUGUGCCAUGUAUGUCAUCAAUGUCACAUGUCCACAUGGCAUCUAUGAUGUGACCUUUGAACCCUCAAAAACUUUGGUGGAGUUUGAAAACUGGGGGCAGGUGCUUGCUGCACUUGAGGAGCUGCUCUAUGCUUUCCUUAGGAGGGAAAACCUCUUCUCCCUCUCUGAACCAUGUGCUGAAGGGCCAAAUGGUAGAGGUGUGAGCGAUGGAGAGGGCAGUGACGAGGGAAGCAAGUCAUCUUCCUGCCUGGAGAAGUUUGUCAGGGACAAUGACCAGGUAGCUUCCUGUAGCAGGUCAGAGAAAAUUGCCAACACUGUGUCAGACUUUGGCUUGUUUUCUAAAUCUGUUUGCAGAAGUAACCCAGAUAUUCCUUCUGUUCCACUGAUAAACUCAGCUGAUACUAGCUGUUCUCCUGGCAUUGGCACAACCCUUCUGCACACUGAUAUUGUACCAGUUCUAUCCUCUAGUCAGUCUGCCCCACAUGUAUGCAGCCUGCUGUCUGAUAAAGAAUUGCCAAUCCACAAAAAGCCAGUCCCAGUGGAUGAGACACCAGUCCCAGUGGAUGAGACACCAGUCCCAGUGGAUGAGACACCAGUCCCAGUGGAUGAGACACCAGUCCCAGUGGAUGAGUCACCAGUCCCAGUGGAUGAGACACCAGUCCCAGUGGAUGAGACACCAGUCCAAGUGGAUGAGACACCAGUCCAAGUGGAUGAGACACCAGUCCCAGUGGAUGAGACACCAGUCCCAGUGGAUGAGACACCAGUCCCAGUGGAUGAGUCACCAGUCCCAGUGGAUGAGACACCAGUCCCAGUGGAUGAGACACUAGUCCCAGUGGAUGAGACACCAGUCCCAGUGGAUGAGACACCAGUCCCAGUGGAUGAUUUACCACCCCCAAUGAAUAAGACACCAGUCCCAGUGGAUGAGACACCAGCCCCAAUGGAUGAGUCACCAGUCCCAGUCUGUAAGUCACCAGCUGUGAAAAAGCUGGUGACACUGGGCAAGUCUGUCAACUAUUGUUCCACUCUGCAGGUGCUGCGGGAGAAGGGCAAAGUGCCAGAGAUAAUUUCAAACACAUUGCAGCGUUUACGUGACUCUACACAUCUGGUUAGACAGGCCAUGGGGGAUCUCUAUAAAACUCCACAGACUUCCACCAAGAGAAAACUUUCACAAGCAGAUCCAAUUCAUGACUGCAAAAUUUCUAGAAUACUUGGCCAACAUGACACUGGCAGGGAUCAAUGUGUAAUAGAUGGGACAUGUCUCACUGGCAGGGAACUGUCUAGAAAUAAUGACCAACAUACCAGAGCCCAGGAUAAUGAUACACUGUCAUCUGAACAUAAGAAAAAGGGGAAUCUCUCUUCUACUUCAGACACAUUGUAUCAUAGGUGUAAGUCAUCUACAAAUUCAAGAUGGCCAACAGAUGGCCACACCACACGGCCCAAUAAAGGAAGACAAGGGCCAGCAGACAGAAGACAUAAGAUGAGUCAAGCUACAAAACUGGUCAAACUGAUGUCCUCUCAAAUGUUGUCCUCUCCAAUGUUGUCAACAUUUGCAUACAAUAAGCUGACUGUAAAGUCAUGCCUCACUUCACCUGUCCUUAGCACACCACAAGAAAAGUCAAGUGUUGAUUACAAAUUUCACAGGCUACCCGACCAGACCCAUAGGCCACCUGACCAGACCCCUGGGUUACCUGACCAGACCCCUGGGCCACCUGGCCAGACCCCUGGGCCACAUGACCAGACAUGUGUGUCACCUGAUCAGACCCCUGGGCCACCUGACCAGACCCCUGGGCCUCCUGGCCAGACCCCUGGGCCACCUGACCAGACCCCUGGGCCACCUGACCAGACCCCUGGGCCGCCUGGCCAGACACCUGGGCCACCUGGCACUGAUCCUGUUACAGUUGUUUCACUUCAUCCAAUGGUGAAUGGUGAUCUGUCCAACUGGCAUUUCAUGGAAAGCUAUUCAGUGCCCUUAGUAAGACCUGAGAUUUCAACUAAAGACAUUAAAACAUGCACACACACAUCUGCCAGGCAAUGUAGAGAAGCUGUGAUGAAAGCUGAUUCAGCUUUGUUAGAACAAAGGGAAGCUGUGAUGAAAGCUGAUUCAGCUUUGUUAGAACAAAGGGAAGCUGUGAUGAAAGCUGAUUCAGCUUUGUUAGAACAAAGGGAAGCUGUGAUGGAAGCUGAUUCAGCUUUGUUAGAACAAAGUGAAGCUGUGAUGAAAGCUGAUUCAGCUUUGUUAGAACAAAGGGAAGCUGUGAUAGAAGCUGAUUCAGCUUUGUUAGAACAAAGGGAAGCUGUGAUGGAAGCUGAUUCAGCUUUGUUAGAACAAAGUGAAGCUGUGAUGGAAGCUGAUUCAGCUUUGUUAGAACAAAGUGAAGCUGUGAUGAAAGCUGAUUCAGCUUUGUUAGAACAAAGGGAAGCUGUGAUGGAAGCUGAUUCAGCUUUGUUAGAACAAAGGGAAGCUGUGAUGGAAGCUGAUUUAGCUUUGUUAGAACAAAGUGAAGCUGUGAUGGAAGCUGAUUCAGCUUUGUUAGAACAAAUGGAAGCUGAUUCAGCUUUGUUAGAACAAAGGGAAGCUGUGAUGGAAGCUGAUUCAGUUUUGUUAGAACAAAGGGAAGCUGUGAUGGAAGCUGAUUCAGCUUUGUUAGAACAAAGGGAAGCUGUGAUGGAAGCUGAUUCAGCUUUGUUAGAAAAAAGGGAAGCUGUGAUGGAAGCUGAUUCAGCUUUGUUAGAACAAAGAGAAGCAUGGUGUGCCGGUGGCGCUCCAGCUACAGUUAGUGCAACAAAGCAUUGCUGUCAGAUUAACAUCGCUGGGGUGUCACUUAAUGGGCAAGCUAAACAAGCUACAGCCAUAGCCCAAGAUCAACUAGCUAAACAAGCUACAGCCAUAACCCAAGAUCCAAUGGCUACACAAGCUACAGCCAUAACCCAAGAUCCAAUGGCUAAACAAGCUACAGCCAUAAACCAAGAUCCAUUAGAUAAACAAGCUACAGCUAUAACCCAAGAUCCAGUGGCUAAAGAAUGUGGGGAAAAAGAAACUUGUUGGAGGAAUAUGUUAGAUGGCAGAACUGGUCAAAGAAUUUUUGUUAAUACUAAAUCUGGACACACUCUAGAAGAUUUGCCCACUUUAGUGGAGAGUAGCAGCCUCCCUCCAGAGAGUAGCGGCCUCCCUCCAGAGAAGCCAUCUAAUCCUGUUGUACAACUGGGUGAAGCUGAAAAAAUUGAUUUCCAUCACAGCAUCAAUCAAUUGUUGACAGAGGCCACUGAAGAGAGAGCUUGCAAAUGGAGAGGAGGGAAGACUCUUCAAUAUGACACAGAUAGAGGUGCUGACAUUUCUUUGCUGCUGUCCAAGUGGACAAAUCCAGUGUUGCCCUACUUCAAGCAGUCAGAUCAAGAAAGUUGGCUCAACAACCCAAUGGCCAAAGCUGCUCCAGAUCUGCCUUCUGUGGAAUUGACUAAGGAUGACUUAAACCACAUACAGGUGAUUGGUCAGGUCGACAACAAAUUUAUUGCCUGCAUGUUAGAGGGUUGUUCAAGUAAAAGUCAGCUGCUUGUUUUAUUUGAUCAGCAUGCUGUCCAUGAGAGGAUACGCCUGGAAUUCUUGACACAAGAGUGCUAUGAAGAGCGGACUGGAGAAGAUAAGACAAAUUUGUGUCGUUCCAAAUUACCAGACCCGUUGGAGGUGACACUUGACCCUGAUGACAUUAGGCUCAUGAAAUCAUUCAGCACUGAGUUUGAUAGAAUUGGAGUGAAGUUCUCAUUAGAUGAAGCUAGGCGUAAUGUUGUACACAUCCACACAGUACCAGCAUGUCUAGCUGAAGCCAGCAAGAAAAAUCAAGUACCAAUGUUAUUAGAGCAUCUUAUCAAGGAGCACAUAGAUCUUUUAAAAUGUACAAAUGGUGCUUGCGGCAGGCUACCACUGGUCAUACAUAAAAUUCUGUGCUCAACGGCUUGUCAUGGUGCAGUCAAGUUUGGAGACAGGCUAGAUUUAAAAGAUUGUCAGCUGAUGUUGGCUACCUUGGCCAAAUGUCAACUCCCUUUUCAAUGUGCCCAUGGCCGACCUUCAGUAGCCCCACUUGUAACCAUGGCAACUAUAGAGCAGGAAGCUCUUUCAGCAAAUAAGGUUUUGAAUUUGUGGAAAAUAUCUCCAAAUGUAGCCAGGAGGUGGCCUUGUCAGUAAGAAUCUAACCAGGAGGUGGCCUUUGAGAAUCUAACCAGGAGGUGGCCUUGUCAGUGAGAAUCUAAUCAGGAGGUGGCCUUUGAGAAUCUAACCAGGAGGUGGCCUUGUCAGUGAGAAUCUAAUCAGGAGGUGGCCUUUGAGGAUCUAACCAGGAGGUGGCCUUUGAGAAUCUAACCAGGAGGUGGCCUUGUCAGUGAGAAUCUAACCAGGAGGUGGCCUUUGAGAAUCUAACCAGGAGGUGGCCUUUGAGAAUCUAACCAGGAGGUGACCUUUGAGAAUCUAACCAGGAGGUGGCCUUUGAAGAUCUAACCAGGAGGUGGCCUUUGAGAAUCUAACCAGGAGGUGGCCUUUGAAGAUCUAACCAGGAGGUGGCCUUUGAGAAUCUAACCAGGAGGUGACCUUUGAGGAUCUAACCAGGAGGUGGCCUUUGAGAAUCUAACCAGGAGGUGGCCUUGUCAGUGAGAAUCUAACCAGGAGGUGGCCUUAGAGAAUCUAACCAAUAGUUACUGGAGCUUGGCUGGAACACUCUAGUUACAUGCUAGUGCAGUGGUUUUUAACCUUGGUUAGAUUGAACCCCAGGGGUUCUGUGAGUCAGUCUUAGGGGUUUGGAUAGCUGUUCAAACCCUUUCAACUCAUGAUUCACUGUCAAAUUUUGUCAGUGCGGAUGAUAGAGCUAUCAAGAAGUGUUUGGUGAAUGGGCACAUGAAACUGGUAGUGUUGGGUACCUUUAAAAGGUUAAGAACCACUGCUCUAGUGCUAUGUUUUGUGAGGCUCAUCAGGCCCAGUGGUUCACUUUUAUGUAUUGUAGCCCAACUGUAGAAGCAAAGCUGUGAUAAUUAAAAUCAUCCAAAAUAAUUUAAACUGGUUGGUGGUUUAUAUUCCUUGGUAGUGUAUAGUUUUGUAUUUCAUUGUUCUUGGUGUGUAAAGAGUGUUGUUCAUCCAGAGGCGUAGCUUUGGGCUGAUCCUAGGGGAGCAGGAAAAAGUGAUUGUAAAAAAAAUUUAAAAGCAUAUUUUAAGCAGGAGUUUUUAAUUUUAAAAAUUUUAAAGUUAUAAAAAUUUUACGGCUACAAGCAGUUACAGAUUUAACUGUUUUCUACCU